CACGGAGUAGGUACGGUAGCACAGAGGUCAGGACUGAGGAAAGGGCGUCGAUCAGGGUCCACUGUCCAGCCUCCAGGACAGCCUCAGCAGGGAGGGCGCCAACGGAGGAGGCCGAUUGAGUCGUGCUUUCACAAGCUGAGCUGCAUAGGCGAGCCAUUGAAAGGGCUGCACAUUAGGCGUCUGUGUCUCGUAUGAAAGAGGGUGAAAAGGCUGCAUUUCGAGGACCUCCGGUGUGGCUCAAAAAAUCAAGGGGAUAGACUACACUAGCUAAUUCAGGGGCUGGAUAGGAAUCUAGUUGAACUGUCGUGAGCCGUCUGAAAGACCAGAAGACUGCCUGUCGAAACAGGGAUUACUAAAGUUUUCGAAAAAAAUCAAAUAGUGGAUGUUCUGCACCCUGGGAAAGGGGUAAAUGCGAGAUGUUUUUGGUGGAAGCCCAAGGUGAUCAAGCUGUGUCAUUGGAAGGUAUUACCAGCAGUAGUUAGCAAGGAGCAUCACAGAGGGGCUAGGGUUAGCUCUGGGGAUGGCAGUUGAUGCUAGCAGGGCCCCCAUGGAGCUUCCUUCAAGAAACUGGGACGGUCGCGAGCAUAUGAUCGAGUCCCUCGCCAAGCUAGAGGGAAAGGCAGGAGAUCCUUUCAACCUGGCGAGGCAACCACUUAUGCACCAGCCGCAGAAGCGCGGCCUUUAUGCUGACGUCGAGUCCCCGAGGUCGGUUGUGAAUGUGCUGAUGUCGCCUGGCCUGGAGUCCGCAUCACCUGCUGCUGUCGUAAGAACGGAGGACGCGCCUGAGUGGUCACGAGGCAGUCACUCCGUCUCGCCGGGUAGCGUGGGGCCGCUAGGGGAAGUGUCAGCAGACGAGAGCAGCAAGACGACAGGAGCAGCAGGCGCAGGGUCCCUUCCCCCCGACCUCAGCGGCCAGCAAUUGGCUGUGGACAGCAACCAAACGCAGGUUGUGAGUCACUUUGGCAGCUCUGGGAGAGAAGCGCAGGGCAGCGGUGGCACUCCUCAGAAGGCUGCUGACAGGGAUGGGAACCCGAGCAACCGAUCUGGUGGCAGCCUGGGUGGGGCUGCUGGCGGCGACAGAAACAAUGAUGACGGGGCACGCAAGAAUCAGGAUGGGGUUCCUGGGGCGUCUGAGCAGACGGAGCUAGCCAGGCAGCGGGAGCUUGCGUUUGAGGGAAAUCAGCAGCGGCCGGAGCCGCGGAAAGAAGCUCCAGUGAAGCAGGACUUCUUUACCAAGAUAAAGCUCGCGAUGUGCGCCUCGGCUCAGCCUAUUGAGAGCGACAUGGAGGACCGCCGGGAGUUCCGCAUCGGCUGGCCGACCAACGUGAAACACUUGGUCCAUGUCAGUUUUGAUCGGUUCAGGGGGUUUGUGGGCCUGCCGGAGGAGAUGGGGGCGGACCAGAAGAACGCCCCCGGGGCAAGCCUGAGCGUGUUUGGCGUCAAGCCUGAGUCGCUCCAGGUCACGUGGGAUCGCAACCACAAGCACUGCGUACCGACGGUGCUUUUCCAGCUGCACGAGCGGUUGUUGCAGGAGAAUGGUCUGAGGGUUGAGGGAGUGUUUAGGAUUGCUGCUGAAAGCGAGGAGGAAGAGUACAUCCGGAGCAAGCUGAACAAGGGCGAGGAGCCGCCUCAUACUGAGGUCCAUGUUCUCGCGGGGCUGAUCAAGGCGUGGUUCCGCGAGCUGCCGACGGGCGUCCUGGACACGCUGACGCCGGAGCAGGUGGCGGCCGCGCAGAAGGAGAGCGAGGUGGUGGCGCUCGUGAAGCAGCUGCCGGACACCAAUUAUGCGCUGCUGGACUGGGCGGUGGACCUCAUGGCCGACGUGGUGGAGCAGCAGAGCUACAACAAGAUGAAUGCACGCAACAUCGCCAUGGUGUUUGCGCCCAACAUGACGCAGGUGAUGGACCCCCUGAAGGCGCUCAUGCACGCCGUCAAGGUGAUGAACCUGCUCAAGGUGCUCAUCGAGAAGCGCCUCCGCGAGCGGCGGCAGGCCGCCGCCGAGGAGGCGGCCCGCGUCGAGCGCGAGAUGCUGCGCCUCGCCGAGGAGGAGGAAGCGCGCAUCCGCGCCGAGGAGGAAGCGGUCGAGCGUGCGCUGAAAGAGCGCGAGGAGCGCGACGCAGCGGUCCGUGCGGAGCAGGAGGCGUCGCUGGCGAGCGCCGGCGAGGGUGUGAAUGCGCACGAGGAGGGCGUUCACGCUGACGAGGAGAUGGAGAUGCGGAGCAGCGCGCUGGUGGACGGGACCGCCAGCUGGCAAUCGCUCGCGGCGUCCGUGGCGGCGCUUCUCGCGGGGGGGGGUGCGCAGGCGGCCGACCGCGCGGCGGGGCGUGCGGACGCCGGGGACUCGGAGGACGAAUUCUUUGAGUCGAGCGACAGCAUCAAGGCGCCCGCGGGGGCGGCCGACGUCCGCUCGCCGGAGGAGAGUGCGCUCGGCGCGGGGUCAGCCGAGGCCGAUGCGCCGGUGCAAACGGCAGGGGCUGACGUGGCGCAGGAAGCCGUUCGGCUGGAUGAGGAGGAGAAAGCGGAGGGCGGUGACGUGGCAACGGGCGAAGUCCUGGCAACGGCUGAAGUUCGAGUGGAAGGUGGGGAGGAGGUCGAUGAUGUGGCAACUGAGGAGGGCGUAGCGGAGGCGAUGAGCCUUCCGGUGACAAGGUCUGAGCUGCUCGUGCUGGUCGGCGAGUUGGAGAAAAAAGACGAGCUGUUGCCGGUGCCUGAGGAGGAGAACAGUGCGGAGCCUGCGGUGGUGCGCGAGAAGGUGGACAUUGCUCUCGAGAGUGACGAUGUGCCCGAAGACGAGGAGAUAUUGCCGGCCAGGGAGCCCCAGCGCGAGGCCGAGGUUGUGGAGAUGAGCAACGCCGCAAAGUAUUACAAGCAGACAUAGUUUGUCAGGUGUAAGUGGCUCGGAAAGGAGUGCGGCUGCAGCCUUUGUGAUGAUUUGUACAAUGAGCCGCUGGUCCCUUUGGUCAAUUUAGUUGGCAAUGAUGAGCCGCGUGGGUCCUCGCUUCGCUAUGCAUUGGGAGAGAGUCCCCUCCAGAGCACUAACUUUAACCCAAUAAGGCCCCAUUGCGCUUCAAGACUUGGAUGGGCUGUGCAAAUAAGGGUAGAGAGGAUAAGCGGCUUGCUAGGCUAGGAGGUUUCGUUCUUUGACGCUUGUUUAUGAUGUCCAAACCUGUGACGAGUUUUAUAGUCAGCGACUUCGAUUUC